AUGGUAACUCUGGAAAGGUACUUCGGAGGGGAGCCUAGAGGAUAUUUUUAUAGAGAGAAGACGUUUGUGGGGACUGACGAAGAGUACUUGGAGGCAAAGAGGAGCUCGUCGACUGUCUUUGUGUCCAACAUCUCCACGAGUGUGCGGGAGGAGCGGAUAUGGGAGCUGUUUUUGCUGUGCGGACCCGUAAGAAGGGUUGUGAUGGGGCUGAACAGAAACACACUGAGGUUCUGUGGGUUCUGCUUUGUCGAGUUCUAUUCAACAGACUCUGCAAAUGUGGCCGUCCGGUAUCUGAACGGAUUUCGGUUAGAACAGAGCCCACUUGCGAUUGACAAGGACUACGGGUUUGUAGACGGGAGACAGUAUGGAAGAGGCGUGUUUGGAGGCCGUGUCAAGACAGACAGGAUGUAUCUUGAGGACAGACACCAGAGAGACAACAACAAAAGGAGAAAGCACGGCAGACACCUGCGAUAG